AUGAACAACACCGCAACCAGACACAAGAGACCAAAAACACCCAGCAAAAGCCUCUCCGCAAACAGUCCUUUACAUUCAAACAAGAGAGUAAAAACGAGACAAAGCGAUAGAAACUGCUUGGAGACCAGACACCCUAUACGGGAGAAAAGUGGUCUUCUUUACGGCCGUAACUCAACGCAUUCUCAUGGGAAUAAUAUAACGAUUCUUGGGGGAUCUCUAUACGAAGAUGCCAAGUUAUACAGAAUGAAUCUGAGACAAGAUCCUGAGAUAUACGAGGAGUUAUAUGGAGUAUCUCCUUUCAAUGUGCCGAAGAUGCAUUCGGAAACGUGUGCCUUGCUUAAUGACCAUGCUACGGUUUUGGCUUCAGGAAACUAUCAGUUUACUUCCAUUUUUGAACAGGGGUUUAAGCGGUUUAUAGCGGCUCUGAAAAUUGCUAAAUUUCCCCCAUAUGAUUACUUCCGGUCGAACCUCAAUGGCGACAUUGAAGAUGAGCACCCAGUACUCAUGAGGCUCAGAGCACGGCAUUGGGCUUUUGAGGAAGCCUUUAAGCAAGAAGUCAGAUACGUUGGUAGCACAAGAUAA